GGCGGAGCUACCUUUAGGCGGGAGGCUGCUUCCAUGAAUCCACCGGGGUCCCCAGGGGUCCUGGAGCAGAAUGUGGACGAGCACUUGACCACCCCGAUGCUCGGGCCCUCGGUACAUUCUGAUAACCCUCAGGAGCGGAUCCAGGCCCGGCGCCUCCGCAUCGCCGCGCGCCUGGAAGCCCGGAGGCGGGAAGCACUUGGAGAAUAUUUAGAUGGGAAGAAGGAGAGUGAGGAAGAUCAAAGCAAGAGCCACAAACAGAAAGAAGAAAGUCGAUUGUUACCACAGUCCAGUAUUAAACUAAAAGAAGAUUUCUCAGAGUUUGUUUUGGUUUUGGAUGGUGUUUCAGUGCCAGUGCCUGAGCCCCAUAUUAUAGACUCUAGAGAACCUGCCUGCUCUAUUGGAAGAAUUGAGAAACUGGAGAAUGAGGUUAAGACCAGCCAGGACAAAUUUGAUGAAAUCACUGCAAAGUGGGAGGAGGGCAAACAGAAGAGUAUUCCCCAGGACCUGUGGGACGUGCUCAACACUCAGCAGCUGCACUGUGCUGGGCUGAUAGAAGACAAAAACAAGCUUAUCAGCGAGUUACAGCAGGAGUUAAAAACAAAGGAUGACCAGUAUGUGAAGGAUUUGAAGAAACAGUCAGAUGACAUCUGCCUGCUUCUGGAGAGGAUGGAGGAACAAGUGAAGAAUGUAAUGAAAAGCUUCCGUCAGGAGCUCCAUCACAUCGAG